AUGAUCGCCGCACAAACCGGCUUCUGCUCUUUGUUCAUAUCGAUGCUCUUGGGCGCUAGUGGGCGCUCCGUCCGUAAAUUCUGGGUCACGCCAUAUAAGCCUCAAUCCUCUGGCACACCAUCCUCAACGCGCGGAUCCGGCCCUCCCCACGUUUUCGUGCAGACGUUCGGCAACUCGGGGUCGCGCGCAUACAUCUAUCCCCGCUCGCGCAUCUCUCUGACGACGCAGCCCGGUAUUAACGACCUACGGCUGGACCUGAAGCAGACGGACGCGAGCGUGAUAUCGAUGUAUAUGCAGACGGAGCACGCGUUGAUCAAGGGGGAGCGUGCUGCAGGUGGCGAGGUGGCGAAAGCGCUGAUAGCACGCUUUGGGAUAAAGGCAAAACCACUGGAGGGACCAAAGCUCCGUACAGGGCCGAUACAGCCCAGAGCAUAA